AGAUCACACGGGUUCAAAGCACUGGAGUCCCAGCUGACAAGAUCUUCUACAGCAGCCCCUGCAAGCAGGUUGCCCACAUCAAAUAUGCAGCCAGCCAGGGUGUGCAGCUGAUGACCUUUGACAACGAAGUGGAGCUGAGCAAGGUGGCCAGGAGCCACCCUAGUGCCAGGAUGUUGUUGGGUAUUGCUGCUGACUCCAGCCCUUCUGCCCACCCGAGCAUGACCUUUGGGACCACGCUCAAGUCCUGCAGGCACCUGCUGGAGGCAGCGAAGGAGCAGGCUGUGGAGGUGGUUGGCAUCAGCUUUCACCUCGGGAGCCACGCUCUGGAGCCCCAGACCUUCACCCAGGCUCUGGCUGCAGCUCAGCUGGCCUUUGAGAUGGGCACAGAGCUGGGCUACCAGAUGCAGCUCCUGGACAUCGGCGGGGGAUUCCCGGGCACCGAGGACUCCCGAGCCCGCUUCGAAGAGGUCGCUGCUGUGAUAAACUCUGCCCUGGACUCGUACUUCCCUGAGGGCUGUGGGGUGCAGGUGGUGGCGAGGCCCGGGCGCUACUACGUCACCUCCGCCUUCACCUUCGCCGCCAGCAUCACUGCCAGGGAAGAGCUUCCUGCAGAGCAGCCUGACUCCAGCGAGGAAGAGGCUGGCAGCAAGAGGAGCUUCGUGUAUCACCUCAGCGACGGCGUCUACGGCGCCUUCGGCGGCCUCCUGUUUGACAGCCCCUGCCCCACGCCUCGCCUGCACAAGAGGCCCUGCCCAGAGCAGCCCUCCCACGGCAGCAGCCUGCGAGGCCCUGCAGGACAGGCCGAGGAUUGCAUCGCUGAGGGCCUCCAGCUGCCUGAGCUGCAGGUCGGGGACUGGCUGGUGUUUGAGGACAUGGGUGCCUACACCAUCCCCAGCACCCCCCAGCUCGGGGGCAGUGCCCAGCCACAGGUCACCUACGCCAUGUCCCGCCUGGCCUGGAAACCCCAGCCGCUCCUUCCGGGGAAAGCCUCCACAGCCAGAAGACGACCGGGAGAGCGUCUGCGCCCCGCUGUCCUGCGGGUGGGAGAUGGCAGAGACCCUCUGUGUCACCCCAGUCUUCACCCCAGCCAGCAUCAUCUGAGCAGCCCCGG